CUCUUAUUGUCGUUAUUACUAACGUGAAAAGUAGUCACCUAUGUUUACAAGGUUCUGCUAAAUAUAAAUACCCAAAUGAAACAUUUCAAAUAAUUCGAUGGAAAUAUUUUUUUCCUAUAAAUGAACCACUACAAGUAAUUACAACCGGCGAUAUUGUAUUUUUUUCUGGAAAAUAUAUUAUUGAAAAUUCUGAUCAGUGUCUUACUGUUGGAUAUGCAAGCAUUCUCAGCACUAGAAAUUCUAGUCACAAAUCUAAUAUUAUCAAUAUUCCCCCGUAUAUACCCUAUUUUAUGUUUUUAGCAUCCAUAACUCGUGUUCCAAAAAAAGUUAAAAGUUUUAUUCAUUUUGGAGUAGAAUGUCUUGAGUAUAAUCCAGUUACUA